AUUAUGAGUCGUCUUUACACAUUAGAGGAUGAACAACUUGAUUAUGGAUAAGAUUAUGAGAGCGUUUUAGUUGUAAAAGAAAUUGAUCAACCUAAAAAUGACAGAGAAAAUGAAAAAGAUCUAUAAAAACUUUUAAGUUUGUAAUUUUAUAGCAAAAAGAAAAAAAGUUCAUUUCAAUUAAAUGCUAUCUAAAGAUUAAUAACAGAGCAAAAGGAAAACUUUAAGAAAUAAUAAGAAAAUAAAUAUCUCAAUUAAAAACUUAAGACACCAUCAUCUAAGCCAUUCCCAGUUAUAAUAGUCACACCAAAAUGCUCAAUAAAGACACCUUAGUAUAGUAAGAGUUCAAAGUAGCAAAUUUUGAUUGCGCCGUUAAACUUUUAAGAUUCUUUUCAGAAAAUAAAAUUGCUGGUUUCAAAAUAAUAAAAGCAUUAGUUAGAUUUUAGUAAAUUUAAAAGGUCGAUAUAUUGA